GAGGUCUUCUAGUCCAACCCACUGCUCAGGUUGGGAAUCCAGGAAAAAUGUUUGUCCCAUUGUUUCUUGAAAGCCUCAGUGAUGGAGCAUCCACAUCUUCGGGAGGCGAGCUAUUUCAUGACUUCACAGCUUUAUAGACGACCCACCUCAGAUCCACUGAAGGAUCUGACAGAAGUGGAACAGCAACUGAUCCGAGACGUUUGGGGAAAGGUGUUUGACAAUGCUGAAGAAAAUGGCAGGAUUGUUAUUAUCAGGUUCUUCACAAAAUACCCAGAGAGUAAGCAGUAUUUCAAGAACAUUCCAACUGAAGGUGACCUGAUGAUGAUCCCAGAGGUGGGCUUCCAUGGCCGGAGGAUCAUGGUGACCCUGAACCAGCUGAUUGAAAGCAUGAGUCACUGGAAGCAAGCCUGCAAGCUCAUUGAGCGGUUGGUGGAAAGCCACAAGAACGUACACAAGGUCCCAUUAGGCAUGUUCCAGAUCUCCUCAAAGAAGAGUUUACUGAUGAUGCUCAGUUAGCCUGGGAAAAGUUCUUCCUGAUUCUUCGUGAAGAAAUUGAAACUGCUUAUGCACAAGAAUAGAAGCCUUGAACAAACCCUGGCUGACAUUAAGCAGUUC